GGAGUUGUGACGCAGAGCUUCCUUGUUUAACUCAGCGCGGGAGUUUAACGGAGUAAGUGUUCUUAAACAUGCCCUGCGAAAGGAAGCCGAUGCGCUACGGCCACUCGGAAGGACACACCGAGGUCUGCUUCGAUGACACUGGAAGGUAUAUUGUAACAUGUGGAAAUGAUGGCGAUGUUCGGAUUUGGGAAAGCCUGGAUGACGAUGAUCCAAAGUUUAUCACUGUUGGAGAAAAGGCCUACUCCCUGGCACUCAAGAAAGGAAAGUUGGUGACGGCGAGUUCAAACAACACAGUGCAGAUCCACACGUUUCCAGACGGAGACCCGGAUGGCAUCCUGACACGCUUCACCACCAACGCCACUCAUGUCACCUUCAACAGCAGCGGCUCCAGAGUCGCUGCCGGAUCCAGUGAUUUCAUGGUGAAGGUGGUGGAGGUGUCAGACAGCAGUCGGCAGAAAACGCUGCGAGGCCAUGAAGCCCCCAUCCUCAGUGUCUCCUUUGACCCCAAGGAUGAAUACUUGGCGUCUGCCUCCUGUGACGGCUCGGUGGUUGUGUGGAACAUCGAGGAGCAGACUCAGGUGAUCAGUUGGCCGCUGCUGCAGAAGACAAACGACGUCAGCAACGCCAAGUCUCUGUGUCGGUUAUCCUUUCAGCCUGGAGCAGGGAAGUUUUUAGCUGUUCCUGUUGAAACCAAAGUGCACCUGUAUGAGCGGGGAUCCUGGGAUCUCGUCGGCAUGCUGUCUGAUGAUCUUCUCACACAGCCCAUCAACGUGGUAGCCUGGUCCCCCUGCAGUACCUUCCUGGCAGCUGGCAGCAUUGGAGGUUUGCUCACAGUGUGGGACGUGAACAGCAAGCUGUGUGUGGAAAGGCAGAAGCAUGAGAAAGGCUUCACGGUGUGCAGCUUGGCCUGGAAUCCUUCAGGCAGACAGAUCGUCUACACAGACACAGAGGGCUGCCUGGGGAUGUUGGACGGACUCGGUACCUCCACUGCUUCCUCCAGCAUCACCAAGGCACCAGCUACGAAACCUGCUAAAGACUACGACGACCUCUUUGAUGAAGAUGAUGACAGAAUGAUGGACGAAGGGCUCAGUGAUGCCAAUUCACCAAAGAAGACUGUAGUCGGGGAGGAAGAGGACGAGGAUGACUUCCUGAUUCCAUCCACGGGGCGCGUGAGGAACAGAGGAGCAAUCCUGGACGAUGAGAAUUCACUGGACACAGGGUCUCUUAAACUUGGUCAAGAGAAGUUUGUUGACGACGAUGACGAUGCUGGCAGCUCUGUGGCCCCUGCGGCGGCCCCUCUGAUGCCCCUACGCCCUGUCUAUGAGGGUCCAAUGCCGACUCCUCCCCAGAAGGCCUUUCAGCCCAGCUCCACGCCAGCUCACCUCACGCACCGCUUCAUGGUGUGGAACUCAGUGGGGAUAGUGAGAGGCUACAAUGACGAGCAGGACAACGCCAUUGAUGUGGAGUUUCAUGACACUGCUGUCCACCACGCCAUGCAUCUCACCAACUCUCUGGGUCACACCAUGGCCGAUCUUUCCCAGGAGGCCGUUCUGCUGGCCUGCCCCAGCACUGAAGAGCUUGCGAGUAAACUGCAGUGCCUCCACUUCUCCUCCUGGGACACCAACAAGGAAUGGAUGGUGGACCUGCCGAAAGGCGAGGAUGUGAAGGCGGUCUGUCUGGGUCAUGGCUGGGCGGCCGUCGCCACUACCUCUCUGCUGCUUCGGCUAUUUUCUAUCGGUGGCGUCCAGAAAGAGAUCUUUAGCCUACCGGGGCCGGUGGUGUGCAUGGCCGGACACGGAGAGCAGCUGCUGGUGGUUUACCAUCGAGGAACGGGUUUUGAUGGAGAACAGGCUCUUGGCGUUCAACUGCUGCAGUUCGGUCGCAAAAAGAGGCAGCUGAUCAACGGCGAAUCUCUCCCCCUCUCUCCCAAAUGCUACCUGGCCUGGCUCGGGUUUACCGCUGAAGGCACGCCAUGCUACGUGGAUUCUGACGGGCUGGUGCGGAUGCUAAACCGCUCGCUGGGCAAUACGUGGACACCAGUUUGUAACACCAGGGAGACCUGCAAGAGCAAAUCGGAUCACUACUGGGUGGUCGGUGUGCAUGAGAAUCCACAGCAGCUCAGGUGUAUUCCAUGUAAAGGCUCCCGGUAUCCUCCCACUCUGCCUCGGCCUGCUGUCGCCAUCCUUCCCUUUAAGCUGCCGCUGUGUCAGACUAGCACAGAAAAGGGACAAAUGGAGGAACAGUACUGGCGUUCUGUCCUCUUCCACAAUCACCACAGCUUCCUGUCCUCCAGCGGCUACGAGAUCGACGAGGCUGCUCAGACGCAGUCAGAGAAGGAGCAGCAGGAGCUUCUCAUGAAGAUGUUUGCAUUGUCCUGUAAACUGGAGCGGGAGUUUCGCUGUGUGGAGCUGGCAGAGCUGAUGACUCAGAACGUGGUGACUUUGGCCAUCCGCUACGCGUCCCGAUCCAGACGGAUGAACCUGGCGCAGAGGCUGAGUGAGAUCGCCCUGGAGAAGUCCAACCAGCUGCAGGAGGAUGAGCUGGAGGUCCCAGAGGAGCAGCCGGCGUUCUCUGGUGUCAGAUCGACAUCAGGGUACAGGCAGACUGAGCCCACAGAUGAUCCUUACAGCCCCAGAGAGAAUCAAGAGGAGGAGGAGGAAGAGCUUGGAGAAGAAGACGAUGGUGGGGAGACGGAGAUGGAGGAGACAACGGAAACCAAGAAACGUUUAAAUCCUUUCGCUAAAGAAGCAGGUUCACCUGUGAAGCCGUCACUGAUGCCAACUGGUAAAGUGGGAAGAUCAAACCCUUUCAAAGUUGCAGGUUCUGGAACGCCGACGUCCUCAUCUGGAAAAACUCGGGUCACAAACAUCCUGGACAACAUGACAUCUAGCAGGAAGUCAACUCCAAUCAGCGGCUCAGCUGGAAAACCAAACAAAGGCCCUGUCCUCAAGCCACUGGCACCAAGAGCCAAAUCUAAGGCUCAGUCCACUCUGCUCCAGAUCUCCAGCAACAAAACGGCUAACAAGAAAAACCAAGAGACGGCAGAGCAGGCUGCAGAUCUGCAGAAACAGCCUGAUACCACAGCGCCGCCAACACCCACAGAAAACACAGAAAACAAGAGGCCAAAGACGGGCUUCCAGCUGUGGCUGGACGAGAACAGGAAGGUCAUCAUCGCUGAUAAUCCAGAUCUGGAUGAGACGGAUGUCAUUAAAGAGGCUAUGGGACGGUUCAGGACGCUAUCAGCAGACGAAAGACUUUCGUGGACAGAAAGAGCAAAAGGACAAGCAGGAGACGCAGCGGACGCAAGGAAAAGGAAAAGAGCAGAAGGAGAUGGAGGUGCUGAAAACGAAACGGUGGAAACUGAUGAAAAUAACAGCAAGAAGAAAAAGUCCCUGGAUCCCUCUUCCAAGCUGUCAGCAUUUGCAUUUAACAAAAACUGAAUGUUUACUGUUGAAACGGACAAAAUGUCUGUUUAAAUAUGUGAUAUUUUGAGACUAAUUAUUUUUUUCUCAGUUAGCCUGAUCAGAGGAUCGUCAUGUUCUGUCAAAUACAGACAAAUUCUCUUUCAUUGUUUUAUAUUCCUAUUGUGUGAAAACUUCACUGUAUUUUAUCAAUUUAAUAAAUAUUAAA